AUGAGCACUGUUGAGGGAGGAUCUAAUAGGGCAGAAGCACGUCUGAAUGGAGUCGAAGCUCUCAACUCAAACUCACGACCAGGAAGACCCCCCAAGCGUUCACUAGGAGUUGCGAUACAAGAAAAUGCACGUCUGCUGCCCCAUGGAGUUCCAGGCCUCUUAUCACCAGGACUUAUCUCUCCGACAGGUCUGACAGCAGCUGCCAUGGCAGAGGCUAUGAAGUUACAGAAAAUGAAACUUAUGGCAAUGAAUAGCCUUCACGGAAGUGGAAGUCAAAAUGGAACAGAAUCAGAAAAUGAAGAGCUCAAUUCUAAUGCAGGUGGGAGUGAAUCCUCCUGGGAUAAAGACAAGCUUCAGUCUCCCAUUACAACGGGAUCACAGCACAGCAUUGGUCAUCCCACACUGUCAGGGCAGUCAAGCCUCGGAAGCGCGCACCCACUCAGUCCUCUCCAGCAGAAUCACCUGCUCACCAACAGGAUAGACCUGCCGUUUAUGAUGAUGCCCCACCCUCUGCUUCCCGUCAGCCUACCUCCCGCUUCGGUUGCAAUGGCAAUGAACCAGAUGAACCACCUCAAUACAAUAGCUAACAUGGCUGCAGCAGCCCAAAUGCACAGUCCUCUUUCCAGGGCAGGGGCCUCUGUUAUAAAGGAAAGGAUUCAAGACAGCCCUUCGCCAGCUCCGUCUCUAGAAGACAGUCAGCGACCUGGGAGCCAUGCUUCCUCCCAUCAGAGCAGCAGCGUGUCCAGCUCGCCCUCCCAGUUGGACAACACACCAGACAGAAUUGCUAUGCUGACCAACAGCAGGGAAGGAGAACUCAUUGAUCAAGAAACCGGGACCAGCCUAAAAAAAAUACAAAAGGAUAAAGAAGAGGUCCAAAUUGCCAUUCCAAUAAUGAAACCAACCUUAGAUAAAGUCCAACUGGCUGGACAGGCCUUGCCUCCUGGAUUUCCGGCGCCAUUUCUUUUUGCUGAUGGUCUUUCAUCAGUAGAAACACUAUUAACCAACAUUCAGGGCCUACUAAAAGUGGCUGUGGACAAUGCCAGAGUCCAGGAAAAGCAGAUACAGCAGGAAAAGAAGGAGUUAAAGAUGGAGCUUUGUAGGGAGAGAGAACUAAGAGAGAGCUUGGAAAGGCAACUCACAGCUGAGCUGCAAAGCAGAGCAACAAUUCAGAAACGCUUGAAGAAAGAAAAGAAGGCAAAGAGAAAAUUGCAGGAAGCUUUGGAAUUUGAGUCAAAGAGAAGAGAACAAGUGGAACAGGCGCUUAAACAGGCUACAUCAGGUGACGGUCUCAGGAUGUUAAAUGAUGCUGGAAUCCCAGAUAUGGAAAUAGAACACAACGGAACCCAACAUGACAGUGCAGCAAUGCAAGAAAACAGAACAUACAUCAAACCUACCAUUAUGUACUGAAGGAAACAUCUAUUGCUGAAAAAUGUAUAAUGAUCACUAUUUGAAGACUAUAUAGUUCAUGAAAAACGUCCCUUCCAACCUUUGAUGCCUUCAGUACUGUGUGAAGAACAGGAUUUGUAGCAUGAAACUUGAAGGACAAUUUCAAGCAAUUUACUGUUGCUGCAUCGAAAACUGCCGUAUUGUCAUUAAGAAAUAUUGAGACUUUUUACAAGCUUACCAUACCAAACCAAGCCUGUUGCAGCAGAUCAUUUUUAGGUCCCCGGAGAUAGAAAGGAGUUUUAGUAUUUUUAAGCACAUACAGGAAUUAUUUCCCCUUCCCCCCCAAAAAAAGACCUUUUUUUUUUUUUUAUAAGGCGGUAGCUAUUACUGUAUAGCAAUGGCACAAUGAUUUUAAGCCACAAAGGUCCUCACUGGCUGUACAUCAUACAAGUCCAGUUUAUCACUGAAACUGUUCAACAUGGAGCUGUUUCGAUUGUGUUUAUAAAUUAAGCUUUGUUUACUGAAGCAGAUACUCGAUAUAUAUUACGUUUUAAAAAGAAAUGUGUGUACAUUUUUUAAAAGAAUGAUGUAAAAAUUGUCCUUUCAUUAGAUGACCAAUUCAAAAGUGUGAGCUAAACCCUAAUAGCUGACGUAAUACGAGGAUUAUAAUUGAUGCUUUUUUUUUAUGCUCAGUUCAGCUUGGCUUUUGGUCUUUUAAGAUGAAAAAAUGAAUAUGCAGUAGAGUGUUAGAUAAUGGAAACUUUUAAGUAUGGUUUCUCUGUUGUACCAUAUUAAGUUAAAGUACACAUUCUUUGUUAAAAAUGUUCUUGCUAAAAAUACAGUAUUAAAAUUUUUUUUGUUUGA